UGCCCGCGCCCUGCCGAGCGGCGCCGGGCGGGCCGGGCGGAACCGAGCCGGGCCGGGCAUGCGGCGGGCCGGGCGCGCGGCGGGCCAUGGAGCUGCUGCGCCGCCCGUCCGCGCUGGCGGCCGAGCUCAGGGGCGCGCUGGACCGCGCGCCCACCGACAAGGAGCUGGUGGCGCAGGCCAAGGCGCUCGGCCGCGAGUUCGUGCGCGCGCGGCUGCUGCGCGCCGGCCUGGCCUGGAGCGCGCCCGAGCCCGCCUGCCCGCCCGGCCGCCUGGCCGAGGUCAGCGCCGUGCUGCUGCGCCUGGGGGACGAGCUGGAGCAGAUCCGGCCCAGCGUGUACCGCAACGUGGCCCGCCAGCUGCACCUGCCCCUGCACUCGGAGGCGGCUGUCACCGAUGCCUUCCUGGCAGUGGCUGCUCACAUGUUCUCAGCAGGCAUCACGUGGGGCAAAGUGGUGUCUCUGUAUGCGGUGGCUGCUGGCCUGUCAGUGGACUGCGUACGGCAGGCCCAGCCUGCCACGGUGCAUGCUCUCGUCGACUGCCUCGGGGAGUUCGUGCGCAAGACCCUGGCCACGUGGCUGCGGAGGCGUGGUGGAUGGACCGACGUCCUCAAGUGCGUGGUGAACACGGAGCCCGGCUUCCGCUCGCACUGGCUGGUGGCAGCCCUGUGUGGCUUCGGCCGCUUCCUGAAGGCCACCUUCUUCCUGCUGCUGCCUGAGAGAUGAGCCUGGCCGUGGCGCCUGCAGCUGGGGUGGCAGUGGGCCUCCAGCAUUCCUGUCGCUCUGGCCCGAGGGGACACAGCUGGUCUCGGUCCCUGCAGCCACGGGCCUUGUCCUUGGAAGACUGGUCUGGUUGAAUCCAGGGCGCCUGGUGGACUGUCCCCCAUCUGCGGGGACCCUGAGCUGUGGUUUCAGCCAGGCUGGAGGAGCCCCCGCCAUGGUGUGCGGCUGGGGUGUGUGAUCCAGUAAAGCUCUGUGUCCAUGG